UUCAUUUAGUUUCCAAUCGUGAACCAAGGUAGCAGGAACCAGUAAGCCCAAGAUCAGUAUCUGGCGACUAAGGAGUAAGAAGCGACUGCUACACGACUGAACUUUCGACCCACCACUCAUGACCACUCGGUACCAUGGAUGAUAUAGGAACCCAUGCAAUUGAGUGCUAUAACUUGAGCAAGCAUUAUGGACGAGGCAAAGGCAAAUUACAAGUAUUGCAGAACCUGGAGAUGAAAGUACCAAAAGGAAAAAUCUACGGUCUGCUUGGUCCCAGUGGAUGCGGAAAGACCACACUCCUGCGAUGUUGCUUGGGCCAGCUAAGUAAAGACCAAGGCUUGGUCCUAACCCUAGGUCGACCUCCACUCACUCGAGGUCAUGGUAUCCCUGGUAGUCGGGUCGGCUACAUGCCUCAGGACCUUGCCCUGUACGGGGAAUUCACAAUCAAAGAAAUGUUGAUCUAUUUCGCCACACUACACAAGAUGAGCAGGAAGGAUGCCAAUGCUAGGGUAGAUUUCUUACUGGAUCUGCUUAAUCUGCCCUUCAGGAACAGAAUGGUAGCAUAUCUCAGUGGGGGCCAGAAGAGAAGGGUGUCAUUUGCAGUAGCCUUGGUUCAGUCGCCUGAACUUCUCAUUUUAGAUGAGCCAACCGUGGGCGUUGAUCCACUCCUUCGACAGAAGAUCUGGGACUAUCUCCUACAGUUUGCACAGACAGGAAAAACAACCAUCAUCCUUACAACACAUUACAUCGAGGAAGCCAGAAAUGCUGACGUGGUUGGUCUGAUGAGGAACGGGAAACUUCUGGCUGAGGAAGACCCCCAAGUCCUGAUAAGGACGUACAAUUUUCCGACAUUGGAGGAGGUAUUCUUGAAGCUCUGCAUGGCCGAUAUAGAAGGGGAUGAUGAUGAAGACGACAUACCAACCAGUGUGCGAGCAGCCAGCAUCUCAGAAGUCAACGAAAGGACACGCCUAAUUUCAGAGUCAAGCAGUCACGUGACUCAAUACACCAAUCAGGUUUACGAUGACGUACCCGCCAUAGCAAGCGCCCCGCCAAAUGGUGAUGCGAAUCAACACGCCAAUGAUGACGUGUAUGAAGAGAUCUCCCAACGCAGGGCUAAUGGGGGCGUGGCUCGCUCAAUGUCCACCAUGACAACAAAAACUGAAACUCCAGACUAUCACUACGAAAUGCCGCCGUUGAAAUGCACGGAUAUCUUUCCAAGUCUACUCAACAUGUGGGCCCUACUUAUCAAGGAUCUACUCAAGCUAAUUAGAAACCCAGGUCUGACGCUCUUCCAAUUCCUCCUGCCCGUGGUUGAGGUAUCCCUGUUCUUUCUCGCCAUCGGUGGCCCGCCUAGGAACCUUGCUGUAGCUGUGGUCAAUAACGAUGCCUACGCCGCAUUCAAUCUGAGUGACAUCUACCUUAACCAGAUAGACGAUUCAAUGAUCUCCCAGAAACCUGUCGAUACAUACGAGGAAGCCUUUGCGGAUAUACGCCAGAGUGGAAAAUACUGGGGCAUCAUCGAGAUACCAGCCAACUAUUCUCACUACCUCAUCCAACGUGUAGUCCAGGGUAAUGCCGUUGACAAUGUGACACUGUAUGGCAGUACGAUCAGAGUCACGAUGGAUGCCACGAAUCAGCAGAUUGCAGUGUCUAUCCAAACUGCUUUAUUAGCUGCGUAUGAGUCUUUUGUCGAUGUCGUCUUGACUAGUCUAGGAGUGAACCCAGCUGUUGCACAGAUUCCUAUCGCUUUCCAAGAACCAAUCUACGGCGAGGUCGAUGCACCUUUCACCAAUUUCAUGGCUGCCGGUGUUAUUUUAACGGUCAUAUUCUUCCACGCGGUGGCUUUGACCUCAAUGACCUUUGUCGUGGAGAGGAAAGAAGGUCUACUGGACAGGAUCUGGGUCGCAGGUUAG